CUCUUUCAACACUCUUCUAUAAAAGGCUACUUCAUUUUCUCCAAAUUCUCAUCUUGUGUCAAAGUUCUAAAUUAUGGAAAUGAAGAAGAUCUUUCUUGUUCUUUUCUCUUUAGCUCUGGUUCUUAGGCUCGGGGAGGCUUUCGAUUUCCAAGAGAAGGAGUUGGAGACGGAGGAAAGCUUGUGGGAGUUGUACGAGAGGUGGAGAAGCCAUCACACAGUGUCAAGGAGCCUUGAUGAGAAGCACAAGAGGUUCAAUGUGUUCAAGGCCAAUGUUCACUAUGUUCACGACUUCAACAAGAAGGACAAACCUUAUAAGUUGAAACUUAACAAGUUUGCAGACAUGACUAACCAUGAAUUCCGAAGCCAUUAUGCUGGUUCCAAGGUUAAGCAUUACAGGGCACUCCAAGGAACUCCAAGUGGGAAUGGAAGUUUCAUGUAUGCUAAUGUGAACAACAUCCCUCCCUCUGUUGAUUGGAGGAAGAAAGGCGCCGUAACUCCUGUCAAAGACCAAGGCCAGUGUGGAAGUUGCUGGGCAUUUUCAACUGUGGUAGCAGUGGAGGGAAUAAACCAAAUUAAAACGAAUAAAUUAAUUUCUCUAUCAGAGCAAGAGCUUGUUGACUGUGACACUAGACAAAACCAAGGAUGCAAUGGAGGAUUGAUGGACUUGGCAUUUGACUUCAUCAAGAAAAAGGGAGGCAUCACUACAGAGGAUAACUAUCCUUACAGAGCUGCAGAUGGAAAGUGUAACAUCCAAAAGGAGAAUUCUCCUGCUGUAUCAAUCGACGGACAUGAGGAUGUUCCCCCUAAUAAUGAGGAUGCAUUGCUUAAAGCAGCUGCCAACCAGCCUAUUGCUGUAGCAAUAGACGCUUCAGGCUCUGAUUUCCAGUUCUAUUCUGAGGGAGUGUACACGGGAGAUUGUGGGACUGAACUAGACCAUGGAGUGGCAGUUGUGGGCUAUGGUACAACUGUUGAUGGAAGCAAAUACUGGACUGUAAAGAACUCUUGGGGAGCUGAAUGGGGAGAAAAAGGAUACAUUAGGAUGCAGCGCGGAAUUGAUGCAAAAGAAGGAUUGUGUGGUAUAGCAAUGGAACCCUCCUACCCAAUCAAGACUUCAAGUAACCCUACAGGAUCUCCUGCAACAACAUAUAAGGAUGAACUCUAGAUGCUCAGAGAAUGUCCUUUAAUGUUUGCUGAAAUGUCAUAAACAUGUCAACAACAUAUGACCAAUUUAAUUUCCUUCUGUCAAAUUACCUACUUGUCCAGACUUCAGAGUUUGAUUCAAUAAACAGUUAUUACUUUCUACAAAACACAUUUUUCUGCACAGAAAUAAAAGUUCAGUACUAUAUGGA